AUGGGUAAGGAGGCGCCGUUGCUGCGAUACGAUGCUGAGCAGAGAGUAGCUACUUAUGAAGGCGGCUUCGGCUUUCUUGCGGAAAUGCGUGGUCCAUCUGGAUAUCCGUCAAAGCAAAGGGCCAUUUCUAUAUGGGUGCGAGAUGCGCUUAAGAAAGACACAGAACACCCCAAGGAGGAACUCCGCAGACUGAAUAAGGAUGUCAUCCACGGCGGUGAUGUGCGAUCCGACGCCAUGGUAGUCACUGAGCGCUACAGAAAAAACAGCACCGAAUGGCAGUCUUUCCGUACGCUAUAUGGCCUCACCCCGGACAACGCCUUAGAUAGAGCAGCUUCUAUCCUGCUCAAGAACGCUCGAACAAACCUCCCUACUGAGGUGAUGGGGAAGCAACGCGAGGAUCCUGUCGCUCUGCUGCUGGAGGAGAGAUAUGAAGAGGCCUGA